AUGGACGAAGGGAGCCCGGAGAUCGUGCCUGCAAACUCCCCGGCUUCGGACCUGGACCAGGAGCCUGAAACUUCACAGAGCGGGGAUGGCGACGGCGACGGCCCUCCCGAGCCUCUCAGCGACAAGCUGCCGGUCCCGCCCGGCGAGCUCGGCCUGUACCGCGCGGCCGUCGCGCUGCGCGCCCUCCUCCUCGCCGGCUUCUUCCGGUACCGCGUCACCCACCCGGUGCGCGACGCGCCCUGGCUGUGGCUGACCGCGCUCGCCUGCGAGCUCUGGCUCGCCCUCGCGUGGCUGCUCGCCCAGCUCGCCAAGCUCUCCCCGACCAACCGCGCCGCGCACCCCGGCAGGCUCGCGUCGCGGCACGGCGAGGAGUCGCUGGCGGGCGUGGACGUGCUCGUGACGGCGGCGGGCGCGGCGGCGGGGGCGGAGCCGCCGCUGGCGACGGCGAACGCGGUGCUGUCGGCGCUCGCGGCGGACUACCCCGCGGGGAGGCUGGCGUGCUACGUCUCCGACGACGGCGCCGACAUGCUGGUGUUCGAGGCGCUGUUCGAGGCCGCCGCGUUCGCGCGGCGGUGGGUGCCCUUCUGCCGGCGGCACGGCGUGGAGCCGAGGGCGCCCGAGCUCUACUUCGCGCGCGGCGUGGACUACCUCAGGGACCGCGCCGCCCCGUCCUUCGUCAAGGAACGCCGCGCCAUGAAGAGGGACUACGAGGAGUUCAAGGUGAGGAUCAACUACCUCGCGGCGAAGGCGCGGAAGGUGCCGGAGGACGGGUGGGUCAUGUCGGACGGCACGCCGUGGCCGGGGAACAACCCCCGAGACCAUCCUGCCAUGAUACAGGUUCUUCUGGGGCACCCCGGCGACCAGGACGCCGAGGGGAACGAGCUGCCCCGGCUGUUCUACGUGUCGCGGGAGAAGAAGCCAGGGUUCCAGCAUCACAGGAAAGCCGGCGCCCUGAACGCCCUGCUCCGGGUGUCUGCCCUGCUGACGAACGGCGCCUACGUGCUCAACCUCGACUACGACCACUGCGUCACCAACAGCGGCGCCCUCAGGGAGGCGAUGUGCUUCCUCAUGGACCCUGUGGCUGGGAACCGGACGUGCUUCGUUCAGUUCCCGCUGCGGAUCGGCGGCGAUGACGACGGCGGCGGCGGCGAUGAGCUAGCGAGCUGGGACUCUGUCUUCUUCGACAUCGACAUGAAGUGCCUGGACGGCAUCCAGGGCCCGGUGUACGUCGGCUCCGGCUGCUUCUUCAACCGGAAGGCGUUGUACGGCUUCGACCCUGCGCUGGCUGAGGACGACGACGCGCACGGGAGCUGGUGCUGCUUCGGGAACGGGAAGGGGCGCGCGUUGAGGAGGACCAUGUCCGCGGUCCCCUUGCUGGACUCGGAGGACUCCGACGAGCAGACCGGAGCGGACAGCGCAAGGGCAAGGCGGAGGCUGCGCUCCUACCACGCCGCGCUGGAGCGGCACUUCGGCCAUUCGCCGGCGUUCAUCGCGUCCGCGUUCGCGGGCCAAGGGCGCGGCGGCGGCGGCGGCCAGUCGGACUCCACGGUCGUGGCUGCUUCUUCUCUCCUCAGGGAGGCCAUCCACGUCGUCAGCUGCGCGUACGAGGAGCGGACGAGGUGGGGCAAAGACGUCGGCUGGGUGUACGGCGGCGGCGUGGCCACGGGGUUCAGGAUGCACGCGCGCGGGUGGGCGUCGGCGUACUGCGCGCCGGCGCGGGCCGCGUUCCGGACCUUCGCGUGCCCGAGCCCCUCGGACGUCCUCGCGGGCGCGUCGAGGCGGGCGGUGGCGGCCAUGGGCGUCCUGCUGAGCCGGCACUGCCCCAUCUGGGCCGGCGCCGGCGGGCGCAUGCGGCUCCUGCAGCGCCUGGGCUACGUGACCCGCGUCGCUUACCCGCUGGCCUCCCUCCCGCUCACCGCCUACUGCGCGCUCCCGGCGGCCUGCCUCCUCACCGGCAGGUCCAUCUUCCCCGACGACGUGAGCUACUACGACGCGGUCCUGCUCAUCCUGCUCCUGUCCUCGGUGGCGGCCACGGCCGCGCUGGAGGUCCGGUGGAGCCGCGUGGCGCCGCGCGCGUGGUGGCGGGACCAGAAGCUCUGGGCGGUCGCCGGCACGUCGGCGUGCCUCGCCGCCGUGUUCCAGGGCGUCCUGCGCGCGUGCGCCGGGGUCGACGUCGGCUUCUCCGCGUCCGCGGAGACGGCGACCCGCUCGGCCUCGGACGACGAGGAACGGAGGCCCCUACGGUGGUCGAACCUGCUGGUCCCGCCCGCGAGCCUGCUGCUGGGCAACCUCGCCGGCGUGGUGGUGGCGGUGUCGUACGGGGUGGACCACGGGUACCGGUCGUGGGGCCCGGUGCUCGGGAAGCUGGCGCUCGCCGGGUGGGUGGUGGCGCACCUGCAGGGGUUCCUCAGGGGCCUCCUGGCGCGGCGGGACCGGGCGCCCACCAUCGCCGUGCUCUGGUCGGUGCUCUUCGUGUCCGUGCUCUCGCUGCUCUGGGUCAACGUCGACUCCUACUCGGCGCCGCCCGCGCGGUCCGCGUCGCAGCAGCCGGUCUUGUGACAAAAUUGACGAGGAGAUUCCGGGCCGGGGCCGUGCCGUUCGGAUGCGGAGCCUCUCGUUUGUGCCAUCCGAUGAAAACGUGGCACUCAUCCAGGCGGGGCUGCAGGGCGCUGCGUUUGCAGCCGGCCUCCACCAAAUUUUUUUCCGGUCUCGGUCGGCUUCUUUCCGUUUCGUUCGCGUUCUUCACCACCAGCAGCAGAACAGCAGCACGAGCCCAAAAAGGAGUCCGGGUCACCAGUCCAAGACGCCAAUGGUCCAAGCACGCUGCUGCUGCACGCCAACCCUUUUGCCCGAAACGGCUACGGCAGCAGGGCAUGGGCGGCUCCACGUACUCGGCAAGCCCUAUCACGAUUCGGGAAGCUUGAAAGUUGAAACAGAAGCCGCCGUGUCGACU